UAACCAAUAGCGAAACAGAGUUAAGUCGCCAGUGUGUAGCCUAUGGCAAUCCGUCUCUGUAUCCUAGCAACGACCGAUGUGUUGCUCAACAGCGUAGUUAGCGAGCUCUAGCUGCUGUUGGGCUACAUACAUGGGUUUUCGGGAUAUUUCUAUUUAAUACGGCUAUUAAUUUGCACUUUUUUUCAGAAAGCAAACUGAACUGCUAACCAGAUGGACAACGUGCAUCUUGUCCCAGAGGAAGAGGAGGAUGAUUUGUAUACUGGCUACAAUGAUUACAAUCCGACUUUUGACGGAGAGGACCUUCACAAUGAUGAGGGCUUUCAGCAGGCAGUCAGGACUAGUCAUGGCAGAAGACCACCAAUGACCGCAAAAUAUCCUGGCACUGCCAUUGGAGGGCGACCGAUUGGAACAGCUUAUGGGUCUCGGAUGCCUGUUGGCACUUCGAGACGCUAA